AUGGCGCCCGACGUCAACUCCAAGCUGUGGGGCAACCAGCCUCGCACCACGCUCAAAUCGUGCUCGGUCGACGACCAAGCCGGCUUCACUCCCAUUGAUGAGCCAUCUCGAGACAUUCAGCACGGCACAAACAUGGGAAACAUCGGGGCCACUGACGAGAUGACGUCUUUCUUCCGCAACAUCAUCCACAACUACUGUGACGAGCCAACACAGCGGAAGUACCACGGAUUGGCCAAGCAGAAGCGACAAAACAACAACACGGACGACGACCAAGACAGCGACAGCGGUAGCGACCCCGACCACCUUGAAGGAGAUGCCAUCCUUCCGGAGCUGAUUAAGCUCACCCUCGCCCAGCACCGCAUGAUCCUCUCCCUGCGUGACGUCAACAAAGAGACCGACCUGCAGCUCCGGAUCACAAAUGCCCGUCUCGACCUUGUCGAGGAGGAACUGAGCCUUAUGCGCAGCAGCUUGGCUGAGCAGGCCACGCCCAGCUUGUUCUCGGGGGUCCGCAUGGGCAGCAGCUUCGGAGGCAUGGAGCGCGACACAACCGGCGACUACAUUCCCAAGUUUGACCUGGCCGACAUUGGCGCCACGCUUGCAGCUGGCCCGGGCCAUGGGAGCAACUUUGGUCGUCACGGAUAUCACGCCCGUGACGGCAGCCCCAGCCCAAGGUCUUCCAACCAGCGCCGCCGCAGCCCGCGGCCCGAACGUGAGGAGCACGUCAAGCGAACCAGAAUAUCGCACGAUGGCCUCGGCGGCCAAGACCCAAACCUACCUCCGUCGAUGUACAUCUUCUCCUCCUCAGCAGCAACGCAGUCUACAACCACUGUCACUGAUGAGACUUCAGAAUCUGAGCUCUUCGGUCUAGACUUCCCAACAGAGUGCAUCUUGGACACCAGGCCCGAGACUGAUGUCGUGCCUCAACCUUCCCUGCUCGGCAAGCUGUGUGGUAAGAUGGCGAGGCUGCUGCUCGGAAUGUGA